GCAAAGGCAACCGUCGUGUCGUCGCUCGUGCCGUGGCUUUCCGUUUCCCCCCUCAUUGCCGACGCAACAAUCGAGGGCAAGGGUUUCGUUCGCACUCGCCACUGCAACUUUCGCCCCAGUCCCGGCAACAGUAAGAACAGCUCGAGCGACAGCAUGGAACAGGCGCUGCAGCUCCCGAGACUCCACCUCGACACGUUCGUGGCGCAGCCCAAGUUCCUGGACCCCAUCGACCCGCCCACGGUGCCAUUUCCCCCUCCGACAUGGUGUUUACACAAACCACCAAGAACAAUUUCGUUGCUAGACGUGUAUAAAGACCACGUGCUCAUUGCCACGCACACGGUGGACCAGAAAGCGUUUUAUCUUAUUGGACGGAACGCAGCGGUGUGUGAUCUCGUACUUAGUCACUGCUCCAUCUCGAGACUCCAUGCGACCAUGGUACACCAUGAGAAAGGCGCGACGUACCUGGUGGACCUUGGAUCUGCUCACGGAACGUUCGUGGACGGUUUAAGACUGACAGCGCUGCAGCCGACUCUCGUGGCGCAUGGUUCGGUGCUGAAAUUUGGGGCAUCUUCUCGUUCGUACACGUUCAAAUCGUUUGAUUCUCGUGAGCAAAUUGAAGAAAUUAUCAGCAACCGCGUGGGGUUGCCACCUGACGAGAUGCAACUGCAACAGAACACGAUGCUUAACUCUCAGAUUACGCAUCGCUUGGAGCUCUCGCCAACACGACGCAGUAUGCCUCCCAUGUUCCCAAUGGCGCCAAUCUGUCAGGUCCCCGAACUCCAUGCACCUGAUCAGGAUGCACCCAUGUUGAUGGCUCCAGAGUGUGAUCGGAGAGGAAGUGCGGACGGCGUUCAGCUGCUGGGACUUGCAGGUAUUGGACCAGUACGGAAGCGUUCGCGUGGACAAUCAGGCAACUCGCAGGCUUCCGGCUCGUCCGACCAAAGUGGCAGCACGGCGGACCUCAGUGUGUACUGUGACGAUCCCACGGAUGAGCAACAGGGCGAGCCCAAACGUGUUCACUUUUGUGGCCAACCACCUGAGAUUAUUCCGGAUCAAGAAGAAACAGACAUGGAGGACCCGAACUCAGACGCUGUGAGGGUCCGUGAGGACCUUCGGAGGACAGAAUUGGCCAAUAGCGAUUGA